CCUUAUUUCGAGCAGUUUUUCGAGCGACCUGGUUUGUUGUGCUCGAAAAAUGGCUAUCUGGCACUGUAUCGUUUCGGCUUUGGGGUUGGAUUGAGGAUUUUGGGGUUUCGAGGGAUUUUUUAACUUUUUGAAACAAUUUCGUGACUGCGCUCAGACGAGGCUGAAUCUUCGGAAAAGGAUUCUACCGUAUCUUUUGCCUGUACCAUAAAAGGAGCUCCGGCAACCAUUCAACCAACUCACAAUCGACCUAAAGAGUACAGAAAUCCGCGAGCGAGAUCCGGGGGUCUCGUGGAAAUCGUGCCGCAAUCGUCGCUGAUAUAGUGAGACACAAAAAAUUGGGAUAUGUGGCCUUAGCAGCCGGUUCUGAAGACAAAGAAUCGGAGAAUCGGAGAAUCGGAGUGCGUGCACGAAUUUCUGGCCAGCAAUUUUAGGUAGCUGCACGAACGCUCCACUUUCGUACACAUUUUGCGGCACAGAUUGGGUGCUGCGGGAAAUUCGGUACGAUGACUACUGCCGUGAUGAUGGACUACGAGUUCAAGAUGAAGACCCAGCAGGAGCGGGCCAAGGUGGAAGAUCUGUUCGAGUACGAAGGCUGUAAGGUGGGUCGCGGAACCUAUGGCCACGUGUACAAAGCGCACCGGAAGGAGGGUAACGAUCCCAAGGAUUACGCGCUGAAGCAAAUCGAAGGAACCGGGCUUUCGAUGUCGGCUUGCCGUGAGAUAGCGCUUCUUCGCGAACUAAAACACCCGAAUGUGAUCAAUCUUAUCCGGGUGUUUCUGUCGCACACGGAUCGGAAGGUGUGGCUGCUGUUCGAUUACGCCGAACAUGAUCUCUGGCACAUCAUCAAGUUUCAUCGGGCUGCGAAGGCCACCAAGAAACCGGUCAUGGUGCCGAAAGGGAUGGUCAAGAGUUUACUGUACCAAAUUCUCGAUGGCAUUCACUAUCUGCACAGUAACUGGGUAUUACACCGGGAUUUGAAACCGGCCAAUAUUCUAGUGAUGGGGGAGGGAAACGAGAGGGGUCGUGUUAAGAUUGCGGACAUGGGUUUCGCACGACUGUUCAAUGCUCCGCUGAAACCACUGGCGGAUCUUGACCCGGUGGUGGUAACAUUCUGGUAUCGUGCCCCGGAGCUGCUGCUUGGUGCCCGGCACUACACGAAGGCAAUCGAUAUAUGGGCCAUUGGGUGUAUCUUUGCCGAGCUGCUUACAUCCGAACCGAUCUUUCACUGUCGCCAGGAGGACAUUAAAACGAGUAAUCCGUACCAUCACGACCAGCUCGAUCGUAUCUUUAACGUAAUGGGCUUUCCACAAGACAAAGACUGGGAGGAUAUCCGCAAGAUGCCCGAACAUCACACCCUCACGAAGGACUUUAAACGAUCCAAUUACGCCAGUUGCUCUCUGAUAAAAUACAUGGAGCGCCACAAAAUCAAACCGGAUAGCAAAGCAUUCCAUCUGUUACAGAAGCUGCUCUUAAUGGAUCCCAAUAAGCGAAUCACAUCCGAGCAGGCGAUGCAGGAUCCAUACUUCUCGGAAGAUCCAAUGCCAACGGCCGACGUGUUUGCCGGUUGCCCAAUACCCUACCCGAAGCGUGAAUUCCUUACGGAUGAAGACCAGGACGAUAAGGGAGAAAAGCGGCAACAACAACAACAGCAACAGCAGCAGCAACAGCAACAGCAGCAACAACAACAGCAGCAACAGCAGCAGCAGCAACAGCAGCAACAGCAGCAACAGCAGCAGCAGCAGCAACAGCAACAGCAACAGCAGCAACAGCAACAGCAGCAACAGCAACAGCAGCAGCAACAACAGCAACAGCAGCAGCAGCAACAAAACAAUCAGCAACAAAAUCAGCAAGGAAAUAAUGCGCAGCAACAACAGCCCGGAAAUCCUCAGCAAAUGCAGCAGGGUGGUGGUCAAGGUGGAAGCGGUAUGGAUCAUAAUGGAGCCAAACGGGUACGCCUGACUGGACCAAACGGGCACCCGACCACUCAGCAGGGUGGAGGGAUGACGCAGCAAGAGUAUCACCAGCAGCAACAGCAGAAUCAGCAAAUGAUGUUCAACAAUGCCCAGCAGGGUGGAUUCCAACAGCGGUAUUAGCAUUCUGCCAGAAUAGUGUGUGCGUCCAUUUGAAGUAAUUAAUUAUUUACCCAAUAGAC